AUGGACGACUCUCUAUAUGACGAAUUCGGUAAUUACCUCGGUCCUGAACUUCCCUCCAGCGACAACGAAGAAGAAGACGAACAAAAUGAUAUCCCCCAAGGAGAACUUUCCCCCAAAGACCAACAGCCAUCUCCCGGCGAACCUUCUAUGGAGCUGAUGGAAAUCGACGAUACACCCUCGACUGCCGUUGUCCUUCAUGAAGAUAAGAAGUAUUAUCCCACAGCUGAAGAAAUAUAUGGGCCGGACGUUGAAACUUUGGUUCAGGAGGAAGAUACGCAACCAUUGACAGAGCCUAUUAUUAAACCGAUCAAGAUUAAGAAGUUUCAAGUACAGGAAAAGGAUCUGCCCGAGACGCGGUACAAGAAAGAAUUUCUGGUGGAUAUGAUGAAUUUACCCGAACUAGUCCGAAAUAUCGCGAUUGUUGGACAUUUACAUCAUGGAAAGACGUCUUUCGUCGAUAUGCUUGUUAAUGAGACGCAUUCUUCUAUUGCUUGGGAUGUUGAUAAGCAGGAACGGUAUACAGAUACGCAUACCCUUGAGAGAGAUAGAGGUGUUAGUAUCAAGAGCAUGCCUAUGACGCUUAUCCUUCCUGACACUCGAGGCAAAUCUUAUUUGUUCAAUAUAAUCGAUACACCUGGUCACGUUGACUUUGUAGACGAAGUAACUGCCGGUCUACGAGUGGCUGAUGGCGUCGUCAUAAUCGUCGAUGCUAUUGAAGGAGUGAUGGCCAAUACGGAACGAGUAAUUAAACAUGUGAUACAUGAACGCCUAUCAUUUGUUUUAGUCGUGAAUAAAGUCGAUCGGCUUAUUCUCGAACUGAAAAUACCGCCAAACGACGCGUACUUUAAAUUAAAGCAUACAAUUGAGGAAGUUAAUACUAUGAUCAGCGAAUGUUCACCGGAUCAGGAUCUACGAGUAUCACCCGAACGCGGAAAUGUAUUAUUCGCGUCGACACAAAUGGGUUGGUGCUUCACAUUGAGAUCGUUCGCAAAGAUGUAUUCUAGUUCUUACGAAGGUAUAAAUGCUGAUGAAUUUGCAUUACGUCUCUGGGGCGAUAUAUAUUAUAAUCCAAAAAAGAGAACGUUUUCUCGAAAAUCGAUGGAGCAAGACAGUCAGAGGGCAUUUGUGCAUUUCAUUUUGGAACCACUGUACAAAUUAUACGCACAGGUCAUUGGUGAAGAUGAGCAAACGUUAAGAAAAACGCUGUCUUCCUUAGGGAUACGCCUCAGGGCAUCUCAUUUUCAGCUUGAUGUUAAACCUCUUUUAAGGAUAGUUUUAGAUCAGUUCUUUGGUACUGCCACCGGAUUUGUCGAUAUGAUAGUACGACAUAUUCCAUCACCGAUGGAUAACGCAAUUAACAAGGUCGAACACAUUUAUACUGGUCCAAUGACAUCCAAAACCGCAAAAGCCAUGCGCUCAUGCGAUGCCGAUGGGCCAUUGAUGGUCCACAUCACGAAACUGUACAAUUCGGCCGAUGCAUCUCGAUUCGAUGCAUUUGGUCGGAUAAUGUCAGGGACUGUCCGAAAGGGACAAAGUGUCAGAGUUCUCGGUGAAGGGUACUCGAUUGAAGAUGAGGAGGAUAUGACUAUCCAAGAAGUCUCGAAUGUGUGGAUUUUUGAAUCAAGGUACCGUAUUGAAGUCGACGGCGCACCUGCUGGAAACUGGGUUUUGCUCGAAGGCGUAGAUAACUCAAUAGUGAAGACGGCAACGAUAACAGAUAAAAUUGUCGAUGAAGAUCUUUAUAUAUUUAGACCGCUUUCGUUCAUUACAACGGCUGUUCUCAAAGUAGCUGUUGAACCUGUUAAUCCGUCAGAAUUACCCAAGAUGUUGGAUGGACUAAGGAAGAUUAACAAGAGUUACCCUAUUGUGAUAACCAAGGUUGAGGAAUCUGGUGAGCACAUUAUCCUCGGAACUGGCGAACUGUAUCUUGAUUGUGUGUUACACGACCUACGACGGAUGUACGCUGAAAUUGAGUUGAAAGUGUCCGAUCCGGUUGUGCGAUUCUGUGAGACUGUUGUCGAGACAUCAGCACUGAAAUGCUUUGCUGAAACGCCAAACAAAAAGAAUAAGCUGACAAUGAUAGCAGAACCGCUAGAGAAAGGUUUAGCAGAAGAUAUAGAACAAGGGAGAGUUUCUAUAAAAUGGCCUGAAGAGGAUCUCGCUAAAUAUUUUGAAGACAAGUACAACUGGGAUAUUCUCGCAGCGAGGUCCAUAUGGGCCUUCGGGCCCGACGAGAACGGACCAAAUAUUCUUCUUGAUGAUACACUAUCGUUUGAAGUUGAUAAGAAGUUGCUCUAUAGUGUUAAAGACUCAAUACGCCAGGGUUUCCAAUGGGGCACUAGAGAGGGGCCAUUGUGUGAUGAACCUAUAAGAAAUGUAAAGUUCAGAAUACUAGAUGCAGUAUUGGCAGCUGAGCCCAUUUAUCGUGGUGGAGGUCAGAUUAUUCCCACAGCAAGACGAGCUGCUCCAAGGUUGAUGGAACCUGUGUACUAUGUCGAAGUCCAAGCACCAGCUGAUUGUGUGUCUGCCGUAUACACUGUGCUUGCUCGGCGAAGAGGCCAUGUGACUAAAGACAUCCCAAAGGCCGGCUCGCCUUUGUAUACUGUCAAGGCGUACGUUCCAGUUAUUGACGCAAAUGGCUUUGAGACUGAUUUGCGCACUCACACGCAAGGACAAGCAUUCUGCCAGCAGAUGUUUGACCACUGGCAGAUCGUACCUGGGGAUCCAUUGGACAAGACGAUUGUUCUUCGACCAUUAGAACCUAGCCCUGCUCCACAUCUAGCAAGAGACUUUAUGGUUAAAACUCGUCGUCGAAAGGGAUUGUCUGAGAAUGUAUCGCCUAGCAAGUUUUUCGAUGACCCUCUCCUUCUUGCAAUGGCUCAGUUAGACGUCCUAGUUUAA